AUGGGCCUCGAAUCAACCUCCCAUCAUGGGGAGUCUGUCUCAGCUCCGGCUCAGCAGCCCAGUACCGAUACUUCCUUCCAGAACAGCCCCAUCCAGAAACCCAUGAUGCCGGCUGGCGUCGACACUCCCAUUCCCCGGAUCACCCUGCGGUCCCUCACCAUGGCCCUCUUUGUCUCGAUGGGUGGUCUGCUCUUCGGUUAUGAUACCGGUCAGAUUUCAGGUUUCCAAGAGAUGAGCAAUUACUUGGAGCGAUACGGUCAGCUCAACGCCAAGGGGGAGUGGGCCUUCAGUGACACCCGCGCCGGUCUUAUUGUCGGUCUUCUCUCCAUCGGUACUUUGAUUGGCGCGCUGGUGGGCGCCCCCGUGGCAGACUAUCUGGGCCGCAAGUGGUCGAUCAGUGUCUGGUGUGUCAUUCUCAUAGUUGGCCUCGUCGUCCAGAUUUCCUCUCCCGCCGGACACUGGUGGCAGAUGGUUGUCGGCCGUUGGGUCACUGGUCUGGGUGUCGGUGGUUGCUCUCUGCUGGUCCCUAUGUACCAGGGUGAGAGUGCUCCCCGUCACAUCCGUGGUGCCAUGAUCAGCUGCUACCAACUGUUCGUCACCCUUGGUAUCUUCCUGGCCUACUGCAUUAACUUGGGCACCCACAACCUCGAGGGCACUGCCCAGUGGCGGAUCACCCUCGGCCUGACCUUCCUUUUUGCCAUCGUUCUUGGUGGCGGCAUGGUCUUCUUCCCCGAGAGCCCUCGCUUUGAGUUUCGACACGGAAAGGUCGACAGCGCCCGCCGUACCCUGGCCAAGCUGUAUGGUAUCCCCGAGAACCACGUCCGCAUCAUUGAGGAAAUGAACGAGAUCCGUGAACAGUUCGAGGCCGAGUCGGAGGGCCAGAAGUGGCACGAGUUCAUCACCGCCCCUCGCAUGUUCUACCGCAUCGUGUUGGGUAUGGUUCUGCAGAGUCUGCAGCAGCUCACUGGCGCCAAUUACUUCUUUUACUAUGGUACCACCAUCUUCCAGGGCGCUGGCAUUUCGGACAGCUUCAUUACUCAGGUCAUUCUCGGUGCUGUCAACUUCAGCACCACUUUCGGUGGUCUGUACGUUGUUGAGAACUUCGGUCGCCGCAAGUCUCUUAUCUUCGGUGCAAUCUGGAUGUUCGUCAUGUUCAUGAUAUUCGCCUCUUUGGGUCACUUCAUGUUGGACAUCGAGAACCCUCAGAACACACCCGGUGCCGGUAAGGGCAUGAUUGUCGUUGCCUGCUUCUUCAUUGCCGCCUAUGCCAUGACCUGGGGUCCUAUGAUCUGGGCCAUUGCCGCCGAGCUGUUCCCCUCUAAGUAUCGUGCCAAGGGUAUGGCUCUGGCCACUGCCUCCAACUGGGCCUGGAACUUCCUCAUCAGUUUCUUCACCACCUUCAUCACCAGUGAUAUCGACUUCGCCUAUGGCUACGUCUUCGCUGGCUGCCUCUUCGUCGGUGCUCUCGUCGUCUACUUCUUCGUUAUCGAGGGUAAGGGUCGUACUCUAGAGGAGCUUGACUACAUGUAUGUCAACAAGGUUGCUCCCUGGAAGAGCAGCUCCUACAAGAUCCCUAACCGCCAGGAGUGGUUGGCCGAUGAGAGCCCCUACGGGCGGAAGGAGCAGGAGAUGUACCAUGCCGAGAACGCCUAA